AAAAGGAAGGUGAUAAUAUGCACAUGUCUGCUUUUGUCAUUAUGCCUGUGCUUUUGCAUCCACAACCCUCUGACGUUUUCAUACAUCCUCACUGGCUAUUAUCCCCCCUCUACAACCAACAGACGACCUCUCUGUUCCUGGUAUAAAAAAGGCAACGGCCGCAUGCCUCAUUCAAUUAAUCCAGACCAACACUGUAUCUCAAACACAUAAUAAUAUCUUUUCGCUUCAGGUCCAGACCUUUUUUCUUUCUUGAUAUCUCAAACAACAUUUUUUAUUGUUCUUUUAUUUUUCUUCCUUGCUACUUUUAUCUGUAAUUUUUCCUGUAACCACCAUGUCCAAGUCUGACGAAGUUUUUGUUGGAGCCAUCGACCAGGGUACCUCAUCGACCCGCUUCCUGAUUUUCGACGUCAAGGGCCAGAUUGUCGCUAGCCACCAGUGCGAGUAUCAGAACCACUACGCCAAGGCCGGUUGGGUCGAGAAGGACCCAAUCGAGAUCCUUGACUCUGUCGAGACCGCCGUUGCCGGCGCCUGCCGUCGCUUCAACUCCCUCGGCUACAAUGCCAGCCAGAUCAAGUCUGUCGGCAUCACCAACCAGCGCGAGACUACCGUAGCCUUUGACAGCGUGACCGGUCUUCCUCUGACCAACGCAAUCAUCUGGAACGACGUGCGCACCAAGGAUCUCGUCCACAGACUCAUCGACGAGGCCGGCUCCGCAUCCCGCUUUGCGACGAUCAACGGCCUGCCUAUCACCACAUACUUUAGCGCGGUCAAGAUGCGCUGGAUGCUUGAGAACGUGCCCGAGGUCAAGGCUGCGCGCGAGAGGGGCACCCUGCGUUUCGGCACGAUCGACACAUGGCUGAUUUACAAGCUGACCGGCAGCUUUGUCACCGAUGUCACUAAUGCGAGCCGCACAAUGCUCAUGGACAUUAAGGAGUUCAAGUGGAGCGCCGAGUGCCUGGAGUUCUUUGAUAUCAAGGAGUCGGAGCUGCCCGAGAUUCGCUCGUCCGCUGAGGUUUACGGCACCAUCACCGAGGGUCGCUUGGAGGGCAUCCCUAUUGCCGGAUGCCUGGGCGACCAGCAGGCGGCCAUGGUUGGUCAGUCGUGCUUUGAGGCUGGUGAGGCCAAGAACACCUACGGCACUGGUUGCUUCAUGCUGUUCAACACCGGGUCUGAGCCUAUUUUCUCAAAGAACGGGCUGCUGACCACUGUCGGAUACAAGCUUGGCCCUAACGCCGAGCCCAAGUACGCCCUCGAGGGAUCUGUCGCCGUUGCUGGCUCGGCCAUCCAGUGGCUGCGCGACAAAAUUGGACUCAUCUUCUCUGCCUCCGAGAUUGGAUUCCUCGCUGACUCUGUCGAAGACAACGGCGGCGUCUACUUUGUCACUGCCUUCUCCGGACUCUUUGCCCCCUACUGGCGCGACGACGCUCGUGGUUGCAUUGUCGGUCUGACCCAGUACGCCACCCGUGGCCACAUUGCCCGCGCCACCCUUGAGUCCGUCUGCUACCAGACCCAGGCCAUCCUGGAUGCCAUGCGCAAGGACAGUGGCACUGAGCUGCGCCGCCUGCGUGUCGACGGCGGUAUGACCAACUCGGAGCAGGCCAUGCAGAUCCAGGCAGAUAUCCUGGGCAUCGAGGUUGUGCGCCCGGAGAUGCGCGAAACCACCGCUUUGGGUGCUGCCCUGGCUGCUGGUCUCGGCGUUGGUAUUUGGAAGGACGAGGCAGAGCUGCGCCAGAUUGCUCAGUCCAAUGUGUCCGCUUUCUGGUCGCGCAUCACGGAUGAGAAGCGCACAGAGAUGCUGGCCGGCUGGGACAAGGCUGUCAAGCGCAGCUUGGACUGGGCUUAAUAUGUGAAUUGCCACACCACUUCGUUUUUUCUGAUUUUAUAUUUUCUUUUUCACCUUUCUACUUUAUCUGUAUUAAAAUAUUAUUAUGAUAAUAUUAUAACAUCUUGCUACAAAG